AUGACCGUAAGGGAAGCUUUCCUGCCGGACCGAGAUGGCAAACCGCAUAUUCUGGGUACAUCACCAGCUCUUUCUCCCGGAGGAGGCCCCGCAACGCCGGCACCGCCGGCCCCAAAGCCUCGCACGCAGUCUGACCUGAUCAAGAUCCUAACCGCGUUUUCGUCGGUCGUCGGAGUGCUGGAUUGUGCGCACAGAGCUGGGGUCACUCACAACAACAUCAACACCUUCUCCGUCAUGGUGGCGCGAGCAUCGAACAGUACUGGUAUCCAGGGGAAACUGGGAGGAUGGCAUCUGGCGUCGAGGCUGGAGCGUCAAGAGUUGGGUAGGAGUGCCAACGGUGCGAUGUUGAGGGGCGAGAAUCCUGCGCCGCUGCAGUACAUUGCUCCGGAGUGUACCGGAAGGAUGAACAGAUCAGUAGACUAUCGGGCGGACUUUUAUUCCCUUGGUGUUGCGCUCUACGAACUUGUCGUAGGAUUCUUGCCGUUUCGGUCUGCUGAACCGUUAGAAUUAAUACACAUGCACAUCGCCCAACUUCCAAGACCCCCAUCCGAAGUCAAUGCUUCGAUCCCGACAGCUAUCUCUGACGUUGUGAUGAAGCUCCUACAGAAGAACGCCGAAGACAGAUAUCAGACAGCGUCGGGCCUCAAGGCGGAUCUCGAUCUUAUUUGUCAGUUGCUCUCUGAGGGCAAGUCACUGAAAGGGGUCAAUAUCGGUCAGCUGGAUACGACGUCGCAGUUCGUGAUUACGGAGAAGCUAUACGGGCGGGAAGAGGCAGUUGCGGAACUCCACUCGGCGUACAAAGAUUGUGUGAGACAUGGCGGAUGCGUUUUGGUGACGGUGCAGGGUGGUUCCGGUGUCGGAAAGAGCAGAUUGGUGAAUGAGAUUCAGCGGCCGGUGGUGGAGAAUAAAGGAUUCUUCACAACGUCGAAGUUUGAACCGGACCAGAAAGGAAUCAGCUUGUUCACCUUAAUUCAGACACUGCAGGACUUGAUACGCCAGGUGUUGUCGGAGCCACCACAGAGCCUUGCACGAUGGCGGACAGAAACGAUCAGAGCGUUCGAUGGCGACGCGGCGGUACUCAUCGACCCGUUGGCGAGCCUCGGGCCUGUCGAGCGGGAGAGUCGGUUUCGGGAUGCUUUUGGGAGGCUGCUCGCCAUAUUUGGCCGCAAGGGCGUGGUCAUGUUCUUGGACGAUUUGCAAUGGUGUUCGCAAAGCGACCGUUCCUCUUGUUCAUCUAUAAUCAUGCCUACCACUUUCUAUCUGGCGGGUAUACGCGAUAACGCUAACCAUGGUGUGUGUGUCCCGGUUCUAGGUAUCUUCAUAUUGGCGGCGUUUAGGGAUUCGGAAGUGACGGAGGACCAUCCGCUACUGGGAAUGCUGCAGUACAUUCGUGAGAUUUCGGUGAAGGUGGUUGAUCUUCGACUCGAACCGCUGAGCCAGGAGUCGGUGCGCCGCAUCAUUGGGGACACGCUAUUCCGGGAUCCGUGUUCGAAGCGCGUAAGGGAGGACUCGGAAAUGCAGACUCUGGUGGAAUUGGUGUACGCAAAGACCCAGGGAAAUCCAUUCUUUGUUGUUCAGUUAUUGAAGAGUUUGCACCGAGGAGGCCAUAUCGUGUUUGAUUUCCGUGAGAACGAGUGGAGAUUCGAUCUCACGACCCUUGAACCAGACGACCUGCCGCCGACCGUGGUGGAUUUGCUGGUCAAACAGAUGCUUAAGCUCAGCGAUGACACACGGACAGCGAUGAUGCUGGCGUCUUGCAUCGGAACCGAACGGAUAUCUCUGCGCACGCUGGCUACAGCCGCGGGCAAACGAAUUGAGGAGACGGCAAACGACCUCUGGGGUGCUCUGGAUGCUGGUCUGAUCCUCCCGACGGGAGGAAACUACAAGAUUCACCUGGCCCUGGAAGGAGCGAGGCCCGGGAAGCUGGACGGUGGCGGAGCAUAUCCGGACCCGGACGAGAAUGGGCGGAGGCAUAACGAAUUAGCUGGAAUCCCGAAUCCGGAUGAGGAGGAUGCGACGUACAAGUUCCUGCAUGACCGGGUUCGUCAGGCAGCUUACAGCCUCAUCCCCCCCGGAGAGCAAGCUGGGCUUCAUCGCAUGGUGGGCAUGCGAAUGCUGGAGAGAGCGACGGAGGAGGAUCUGGAUAGUAGCACGGUUUUCGAGGUUGUCAAUCAGCUCAACCACUACCUGACACCCUUGGGACCCUCGGAACGGAGAGUGCUUAUGGAGCUUAAUCUGAAAGCCGGGAAAAGGGCGCUACUGACCCCAGCGUUUGCUACCGCGCUCAGCUACUUUCAGAUUGCCAAGCGAGUUCUCGGCGAUGCGGAGAUGGAGGACGACGCUUGCCGGCAUAAUCCCAUUAACAUUUCCCUCAUGGAGGCAUACUUUGCUGACGUCAAAUACGCCGAGUCCAUAAAACUGGCCGAGGAUAUCCUACCGACAUGCAGCCAGAGUAAGGACAAGGUCCGGUGCCUCAUCAACAAGAUGAACUGUCUACUUAUUCAGGGCAAACUCAAUGAGGCUAUCGAAGCAGGAUUGACUGGACUUAGUAUUCUCUCCCGGGAGGUUCCGCUGGACGAUGAGGAGGCGAGGAAGCACGCGCAGAUGAUGAGACCACGGAUCCUCCUAGAUGUCAAGCAGAUUAGAAAUAUUGCGAAGAUGCACGAGAUGAAGGACGAGAAUCUGCUCCUGCUUCAGGAGAUCAUUUCGACGCUGCUACUGCCGAUCAACAUGAGUCGUCCUUCGCUUCUUCCUGCGGUCUGCUUCACCAGUGUGGCCAUCACGUUAGAAUACGGUAUAUCCCUGGCUGGAGCGUACCCCGUGCUGAUGACUGGUGUCAUUCUGGGAUCUGAGGCCACGCAGGAUAAUCUUGCUCGCAGUCACGCCUACGGACAACUCGCUAUAAAACUCAUCGAGCACAGUCGUACGCGCCACCCGCUGUCUCCCGCGAUCUAUCAGGUUUAUGCUGGCCACAUUGGCGUAUUCCACCAGCCCAUGAGCGAUGUUAUACGAUGCCUCAAGCAGGCGGUACAGACGGGUUUACAGGUGUUCAACGUCGAUUACACUACGUUUGCCAUGGUGGAACUGACUUCGUUCGGAAUGCUGAGUGGGGAGAACCUAAAUACGGUUCAUUCUAAGAUGUCAGCCGCGAGGCCCAACAUCCGACGGUUCAAACAGGAGACGGGAAUGUGGUGGCUGAAUCUGCCACUCCAGUUUUUGCUCAACCUCAAGGGCACCGGGAAUCCGGAUCCGUUGUGCUUUGAGGGUGAAGCUCUCGGGAACGCGAAGGAUCUGGCGAGACUCACGGGAUCUGAGAGUCUUAGCCACAUCUACAUGUACCACAUGUUCCGCUUGAUCAUUGCUGCGAUCUACGGACACUGGGAUCUUACCGCUACAUUGGCGGUUCAGUACUGCCAGCCGCUGUCUGUCUCCAUGACGGGAACGUUUUACGUUGGUCUUACGGCGUUCUACUCUUCCGUUGCGUUUUUGAGUUUACACGAUGAACUGUCGGAAGAGCAGCGGGAGAUCUUGGACCAGAAUAUCGUCUGCAUCAAGGAAUGGGGUAUCCGGGCGAAGGCUACGUGGCUGCAUAAGAGUGUGCUCUUGGAGGCCGAGGUGAUGCGGAUAUCCGAUUGCACGCAGCAGUUGCAGAUCCUGGAUUGCUACGAUCGUGCGAUUUCCCUUGCGAACAAGAGCGAGUUCGUCCACGACGCAGCUCUGAUCAAUGAGCGCUGCGGUAGCUGGUUGCAUGACAUCUCGAAGAGGCGUGCCGCGCCGUACCUCCAGGAGUCGUAUCGCUGCUACAACGCCUGGGGCGCCACGCAUAAGGCCAAUGAGCUGAGGAAGCAGUUCUCGGAAGAAGAUAUCUUCUCGGCGUCGGAUCAGCACGAUGAUGAGGCGGCGUCGCACUGCUCCUCGAUACGGAAUAAUGAUUCGUCCCUGGGGUCGGAACUGGACUUCCGGACGGUGUUGAAAGCGAGUUUGGUCAUCUCCGAGGGCAUCCAUCUCGAGGAGGUUAUUGUGAGCCUCAUGAAGAGUGUGCUGCAGACGGCCGGUGCGGAUUAUGGCGUUUUGAUCUUGCAAGAGGAUGGGCAGAUCUUGCAGGAGGAUGGGCAGCUCUUCGUCGAGACGGUUGGAUUACUCGACGAGGUGAGUAUUCUCGAGCACGAACCACUACAUAGUCGCCCGGAUCUGGUCCCGAUUUCGGUCAUCAACAUCGUUGCCAGCCUGGGAAAGCAGAUCCUGCGCAGCGGCGACGACUCGAAGUUCGAGCUGACGUACGGGAGGGAUAUCUACUUCCGUGGCAAGAACCCGAAGAGUGUGCUCGCCAUGCCAAUCCAGAAUCAGCUCAAGACCAUGGGCGUGCUGUACCUGGAAAAUAAAGUGCUCGGGUCGGCGUUUACUCGCCAGCGGCAGGAGCUGCUGAAUCUGCUCUGCACCCAGGCGGCCGUGACGAUCGAUAAGGCUAGGCUGUACCGCCAGAUGGAACUUGCGAAGAAGGCGGCUGAGGAGGCGACGGAGGAGAAGUCGACUUUCUUGGCGAAUAUGUCUCAUGAGAUUAGAACUCCGUUCAACGCCUUGCUGUCGUGCUCGAUCUUCCUGAUGGAUACUGCCCUUACGGACCAGCAGAAGGAGUACGUCGAGACGAUUCGAAACUCGGCGGUUCUCACCCUGCAAAUCAUCGAUGGUAUUCUGGAUAUCUCCAAGAUCGAGUAUGGAGCGAUCGACCUGCAGAAGUCCCCAUUCUCGCUGCGAGACUGCGUCGAAGGAGCUUUGCUGCUGGUUGCGGAACCGGCGGCCACGAAGGAUCUGGAACUGGCGUACCGGAAUAAAUGCUCCAACAUUGAGUUUAUUGUCGGCGACAUCACCCGCUUCCGGCAGUGCAUCAUCAAUCUCAUCGGUAACGCGGUCAAGUUCACCCAGGCCGGAUACAUCGUCGUCACUUCUCAAGCGCAGCAGCUGCCUAACGACAGUCGGUGGAGGAUCAGUGUCUCGGUCAAGGACACGGGUAUUGGUAUCCCAGAGAGUGCGUUCAGCAGACUUUUCAGGGCAUUUUCGCAGGUUGAUACCUCGACGAGAAGGACGUAUGGUGGAACCGGUCUUGGACUUGCCAUCUCGAAGAAACUGGCGCUGAUGAUGGGCGGCGAUAUUUGGUUCGAGAGCGAAGAGGGUAAAGGCACCACUUUCCACUUCGCAAUCGUCGCCGAAGUCAUGCAGAAGGUCUGGCAUACGGAUCCGAGGCUCGAGGGACGGAAGGCGAUCGUUGCCGAUGCGCACAAGAUCUCGUCGCAUAUCCUGGCAGAUGAACUGGAGGUUGAGGGGUUGAAGGUCACCAGGACCAGCACCUAUGAAUCAACACUGGAAGCACUGCACAGCAAUGGGAAGGGAUUCUUCGAUGUGGCACUGGUGGACCUGUCGGUCGACAAUACCUACAACAUCUUUGAGAAGUUCCACACCUUCGAUCCCAACAUCAAAGUCAUCCUCAUGUCUCGCUUCGGUGCCACGAUUCCUGCGCACGUCCUCGACAACCAGUGCUCGGUAUCAUUCGUGCGCCCCGCACCGCGGAAGCGCUACGUCUCAGCUGUCCAUGACGCGCUGAACCCACAGGCGAAGAAGCUAGAGAUGAAUACCAAGAAGCCGGAGCUGGAGCUGCUGAAGACGUUGUCGACUAGACACCCACUUAAUAUUCUCCUCGCCGAGGAUAAUCCGUUGAAUACGAGGGUUGCAUUGCAGCAUCUGAAGAGGAUGGGGUAUUCCGCGCAGCAUGCCAAGGAUGGGAUCGAGGUGCUUGAGCUGUGCGAGGCUGCUGCAGCGAAGGAUGAGAUGUUUGAUGUCAUCCUGAUGGACAUCCAAAUGCCGCGCGCAGAUGGCAUUGAGACGUCCAUAGAGCUCGGCCGACGCUACGCUGACCACGAACGGCCCACCAUAAUCGCACUGACGGCCAACGCCACCGCCAGCGACCGCGAGAAAUGUCACGACGCCGGAAUGCGAAUGCACAUCGCCAAGCCGAUCCUACCCAACGAUCUGGCGACGGCACUCAUGAGCGUUACGCCGCUGAACCGGCCACAGCAGCUUGUUACUGUUGCCGCUUGA